CCCGCACCAUGUCCCCCCCCUCGGUCACGCUCACCGUCCCGCCGCACUCCCCCGCCAGGUCACGCUCGGUCUCGCAGCCGAUCCCCGAAGACGCCGCCCUCGACACCCUCUCCCCCCCCCGCCUCAAAUCUUCCCGCUCGGCAACCCUCCGCUCCCUCUCCUCCAAUUCGGUCGCCCGCGGCCCCGUCCCCUUCUCACAAAAUCAUGCCCACUCAAAUUCCCCCUCCCCGCAGUUUCGCGCAAAUAAAGGCCGCGCACGUAGCUCGAGCCUGGUGACAGUGACCGAAGUCGGUGGCGAUGAUCCGGAUAACGUGGUCGACAGGCUCGGCGCCGGCAACAAUGAGAAUGCGGCCUGGGUGAAUGCUCCUGGUGCUUGGUUGAUACAUCCUGUGCUCAUCUUUUGUGGCAAGCUGUUGAUCGAUGCCAUACCGGGCAUGACACAAGAUGUCAGCUGGACGAUUGUCAAUCUCAGCUAUAUCACCUUCUCCUUUAUCAUGUUCCAUCACGUUACCGGACUUCCCUUUGAAUCGACCAUGACCACUUCUGGAGCUUACGACGAUCUUACACUGUGGGAACAAAUCGAUUCAGGCGCCCAAUAUACACCGGCCAAAAAGUGGCUGACGAGUGUGCCUAUAGGAUUAUUCCUUAUAUCAACGCAUUAUACUCGCUACGACUAUGUCCUCUUUGCUCUAAACUUUGCCGCUUUGAUCUUUGUCCUCUUUCCCAAAUUGCCUGUCCUCCAUCGAUUGAGAUUCCAUUUUGCGGUUAACAGCGACGUCCCCCAGACACCCGUACAAUCUCGCCCUCCCUCUCCCACUCGCAGAACAGCUGGAGGUCGUUGAUAUUUGACUUGGUUUGAUGAUUGGACUUGGAUGUAGAUUGAUAUGGCCCCAUUUUUCCAACAGGAUUUAGAUUCCGUUUCUCCAUUGACUUGUUUAGGCUGCGAAAGCGAUAGAGUUUUAUUUUGCAUCUCUUUCAACUCGUACGAGCUGUCCCACGGCGCAGCUAUCAAUCUCUACAAAUCCCACGCGCAAAGGGGUAUCCUUCACACGCGAAGAAAAAUAGACUUGUCAACGUCCAAAUACAUAAAGACAAUGAUCGCCCUGAAUCGACUAGUGCCGAGAAGCAGACUUUUUUAUCAACUUUUGCUUUUCAGCUUUUGGCAUCUUGGUCUUUCGUUUCUCCCUCUGUUCUUCCUUGACUGCCUUUUUCCGCUCCUAUCCAAAAUAUCGAAAUAUCAGCAAAAUGACUCGGGAAACGGCAGGAUGGAGAGACGGAGAGGGAUAAGGGCGUACCUUUUUAGAUUCACGAUCUUCAUGUCGGAACCCUCUAGAUUUUUUAUCCAUUCCUUCUUCCUCACCUUGCUCCUCUGCUUCUUGGGCAUCAUCUUCCUCGUCAUGUUCGUCUACUUCAUCCUCGAACCGUACGCUUUUCGAUGUCUUGUCGUUUUUGCCCUCAUCCUUACAUUUACCUUUUACUCUUUCACCCUUUUCUACAUUCUCAUCCGCAUCCACCUCUUCACGCUUGUUCGCAUCAUCCGCACCCGCACCCGCACCCGCACUCGCACUCUGUUUCUCCUUUUCCUUUUCCUUCACCUUGGCAUUCGCACUCUCAUGAGCCAACUUUAAACCCGUCACACCCGCAUAAAUCAACUCGUCCCCUCCCCCACUCUUGAGCACAUCCACAUCCCUCUCGGGAUCAUACACCUCCGCCAACGUUCUCGGGAUAUACGACUCCAUAAAGACCGCAUCGUCCGUCUUGUCUGACGGUUCCUUUAACCAUUCUUCCAAAACACCCACCAAGCGCCUUUCGCCGUCGUCGCCCUUCUCCAUCUCCAAUGAUGACGAGGCGGAGCCAGUGGGGGAAAGACCAAUGUUCUCGGUGACGAUGAAUUCCCAUGAUUUCCGGAUUCCGAGCGUGGCGACCCCACGGCGGGAGAAGAAUUCUUCAAUGUUGGAGAUGUCGGAACGGAGGAAAUCGAAUGCGCGGGGGUGGUCGUGUUCGACAGAUUGGGAGACGUCGAUGAUGUAUAGGUGGUUGUCGUGUAGCCUUGAAACAUCAAAGGUGCUGGUACAUUCUUCGGGUCGCGAUAACCAUUUCUGCGUACAGAUCGGGUAACCUGUCCUCGGGAAUCUCUGCGUCUUUCAAACGAGGCGACGCUCUGAUUUUCCCGUCCGAUCAGUUACUUGUUUCGUUUACUCAUCCACAUAAUACAGAAGAAGAAGAAAAACUCACACCUCGCCCUUGCCCAAGAAAUCCAUGACGAGCACAUUCUCCUUACAUUCAUGUACCACCGGUGCACGCACACCUCCUUGAACCAACCGUCUCAGGUUUCGCAACUCCUUUUCGGCCCAGACACGAAUCAUCUUUCGCGGAUUUCGAGAGGAAGUGUAUUCCCCCCGGAAACGUUGUUCGCCGACAAUGUAGUUUUGUCGAGCACGGAAGACGAGGAUGGAGGUUCGGUAGAUUUUGACGGCACGGCCUGGGGAUGAAUAGUAGACGUUUGCCUUUUAGAUUUGAAUUUUAUUUUAUCAGCCAAUGAAAAUAGAUAGACAUAGUAAACUUACCUCUUUACCUGUACUGAUACACCUUUCAAUCAUACCGAU